AUGCCUCACGAAACAGAUGCCCUGUUGGGCAAUACCGCAACCCAUGCGCCGUCCGGCCGAUCCCGCCUGUCAAAACACCUGCGCCAGGAACUUGAUCCCGCGCACGGCGACCUGGUCCUUCUUUUCAGCUAUAUCAUCACAGGUCUACUUGACAGCUCGGCCGUGUUUAUCUGGGGCUCCUUUGUGAGCAUGCAAACCGGUAACACUGUUUAUUUUGGCCUGGGGCUUGUCGGCACAAACGACGAUCGGUGGAUCAAAUCCGGUGUGUCGAUCGCGGGGUUCUGUCUGGGCUCACUAUGCUUCGCCGCCUUUCACCGUAUCUUCCCAGCGAGGCGGAGAUGGGUGCUCUGUGUAUCGUUCCUGGUCCAGACAUUAUGUGUCUCCCUUGCCGCUUUGAUCGUUACCGUUUUCCGGCCUGCUCGCGAUGCGCCCUUGAGUUGGCUCAUUCUGCUGCCGAUUGCGCUGGUCGCAUUCCAGAGUAGCGGACAGGCAGUUACCAGUCGGGUUUUGAAUUUCAGUGGCUUGACCAGUGUGGUGCUUACAAGUAUCUAUUGUGACCUGUUUUCGCAUCCAGAUUUCCUGUCGUCAAAGGUUGUCGGGCAUGCUGAGGAGAUGCGACGUCUUGGGGCUGUGUUUUGCUUGUUGUUGGGGGUCAUUCUUGGUGGGCUCUGGGCUCAUAGUGCCGUCGGAAUGAUGGGGGCUUUAUGGACUGCAGCAAUUCUCAAGUCGUGGAUCAUGAUCGCGUGGCUGGCUUGGAAGGGAUGUAGUGAAGGGGAUGCCGAUUGA